CCCAACGCCGAGGAGAGGGAGGCAACGGCCGGGGGAGGCGCCACCACGGGAGGGAGCCAAAGCAAGCGGCGCACAAAGGGAGGCAGCCGGGGGGAGGGGAACGACGAAGAAGCGGGCGAGGCCCAAACGGGGAAACGGGAAGCACCGGGGGAAAGGGGAGAACGGCGGCAGCCCAACGCCGAGGAGGGAGGCAACGGCCGGGGGAGGCGCCACCACGGGAGAGCCAAAGCAAGCGGCGGACAAAGGGAGGCAGCCGGGGGGGAGGGGAACGACGAAGAAGCGGGGCGAGGCCCAAACGGGGAAACGGGAAGCACCGGAGGGAAAGGGGGAGAACGGCGGCAGCCCAACGCCGAGGAGAGGGAGGCAACGGCGGGGGAGGCGCCACCACGGGAGGGAGCCAAAGCAAGCGGGCACAAAGGAGGCAGCCGGCGGGGGAGGGGAACGACGAAGAAGCGGGCCGAGGCCCAAACGGGGAAACGGGAAGCACCGGAGGGAAAGGGGGAGAACGGCGGCAGCCCAACGCCGAGGAGAGGAGGCAACGGCCGGGGGAGGCGCCACCACGGAGGGAGCCAAAGCAAGCGGCGCACAAAGGGAGGCAGCCGGGGAGGGAACGACGAAGAAGCGGGCCGAGGCCCAAACGGGGAAACGGGAAGCACCGGAGGGGAAAGGGGGAGAACGGCGGCAGCCCAACGCCGAGGAGAGGAGGCAACGGCCGGGGAGGCGCCACCACGGGAGGAGCCAAAGCAAGCGGCGCACAAAGAGGCAGCCGGGGGGAGGGGAACGACGAAGAAGCGGGCCGAGGCCCAAACGGGGAAACGGGAAGCACCGGAGGGGAAAGGGGAGAACGGCGGCAGCCCAACGCCGAGGAGAGGGAGGCAACGGCCGGGGAGGCGCCACCACGGGAGGGAGCCAAAGCAAGCGGCGCACAAAGGGAGGCAGCCGGGGGAGGGGAACGACGAGGAAGCGGGGCGAGGCCCAAACGGGGAAACGGAAGCACCGGAGGGAAGGGGGAGAACGGCGGCAGCCCAACGCCGAGGAGAGGGAGGCAACGGCCGGGGAGGCGCCACCACGGGAGGGAGCCAAAGCAAGCGGCGACAAAGGGAGGCAGCCGGGGGAGGGGAACGACGAAGAAGCGGGCGAGGCCCAAACGGGGAAACGGGAAGCACCGGAGGGGAAAGGGGGAGAACGGCGGCAGCCCAACGCCGAGGAGAGGGAGGCAACGGGCGGGGGAGGCGCCACACGGGAGGGAGCCAAAGCAAGCGGCGCACAAAGGGAGGCAGCCGGGGGGGGGGAACGACGAAGAAGCGGGCGAGGCCCAAACGGGGAAACGGGAAGCACCGGAGGGGAAAGGGGGAGAACGGGGGCAGCCAACGCCGAGGAGAGAAGGGGCAACGGCCGGGGGAGGCGCCACCACGGGAGGGAGCAAAGCAAGCGGCGGACAAAGAGAGGCAGCCGGGGGAGGGGAACGACGAAGAAGCGGGCCGAGGCCCAAACGGGGAAACGGGAAGCACCGGAGGGGAAAGGGGAGAACGGCGGCAGCCCAACGCCGAGGAGAGGGAGGCAACGGCCGGGGGCGCCACCACGGGAGGGAGCCAAGCAAGCGGCGCACAAAGGGAGGCAGCCGGGGGAGGGGAACGACGAAGAAGCGGGGCGAGGCCCAAACGGGGAAACGGGAAGCACCGGAGGGGAAAGGGAGAACGGCGGCAGGCCAACGCCGAGGAGAGGGAGGCAACGGCCGGGGGAGGCGCCACCACGGGAGGGAGCCAAAGCAAGCGGCGGACAAAGGGAGGCAGCCGGGGGGAGGGGAACGACGAAGAAGCGGGCGAGGCCCAAACGGGAAACGGGAAGCACCGGAGGGAAAGGGGGAGAACGGCGGCAGCCCAACGCCGAGGAGAGGGAGGCAACGGCCGGGGGAGGCGCCACACGGGAGGGAGCCAAAGCAAGCGGCGCACAAAGGAGGCAGCCGGGGGGAGGGGAACGACGAAGAAGCGGGCGAGGCCAAACGGGGAAACGGGAAGCACCGGAGGGGAAGGGGGAGAACGGCGGCAGCCCAACGCCGAGGAGAGGGAGGCAACGGCCGGGGAGGCGCCACCACGGGAGGGAGCCAAAGCAAGCGGCGCACAAAGGGAGGCAGCCGGGGGGAGGGGAACGACGAAGAAGCGGCGCGAGGCCCAAACGGGGAAACGGAAGCACCGGAGGGGAAAAGGGGAGAACGGCGGCAGGCCAACGCCGAGGAGAGGAG